AUUGAUAUUUUUGAGAUUGACAUGGAUGGCUUGAAUGCAAGGUGCAGUUGCAGUGUAAACUGUAGUCUGUAGAGUGUUGUGGCUGUCAGGCUGUGUUAUUGGGGAAAAACUCGAAGAUCGAGGUUAACUCCUGUUCUAAUGUUUUUCUAUAAACUAAAAGUAUUCAUGUGCUUUUUAUCAUAUUGAGUUAGAAAUCCAGAUUAGAAUUAAUACCUAUUAAAAAGACUUUGAACAAACUUCUGAUCCUAAUCAUGGAUAAAGAUUCAAAGAAAAUUCUUGUGAAAGUUCUCUCUGAUGUUGUCUGCUUAGCUGUCGUGGGACUUCCGAUCAACUACUUCUUUUUGUUUGUCGAGCCCUACCAUCGCGGCUUCUUCUGUGGCGAUGAGUCGAUCAGCUAUCCGUUCCACUCGUCAACCGUGCCCAGCUUCAUGCUCUACACUGUCGGCCUUGGAUUACCCAUUAUUACCAUGCUGGUGACCGAAUUCCUGAAAUACAAGCACAGCAACCCGAAGAAGCCGAACUACGUGCUGUUUGGCUGGCAGAUCCAGCCGUGGCUGUGGAACAGCUACUGUGCCAUUGGCUACUUCGGGUUCGGCGCCGCUUGCUCACAGCUGACGACCGACAUUGCCAAGUACUCGAUAGGGCGGCUGCGACCGCACUUCUUCGAUGUCUGCCAGCCGGACAUCGACUGUUCGCUCGCUACCAACCGCAACCGCUACAUCACCGAUGUCAACUGCACCAGUGGCAAACAGGCACUCAUUCAUGCUGCCAGACUCUCAUUCCCGUCUGGACAUUCAUCGUUCUCAUUUUAUACAAUGGUCUACUUAGUGAUCUACAUCCAGAAGAACUACACGGCCAGGAAGGUGACGCUGCUGAAGCAUGUGUUCCAGUUCGGGUGCCUGAUGCUGGCUUGGAGCACCGCCCUGUCGAGGGUGUCCAACUACAAGCACCACUGGAGUGACGUCCUCGUCGGCAGUCUGCAAGGUGCACUCGUCGCCGUUCUAAUAGCCUAUUUCGUUUCGAACUUGUUUGUGGAGAAGAGAAAAACAAUUACUAAAAAUGCUGAAGGAGAUAUAAAUAUAGACGGAAUUCAGCAAACUUCUGAAUCACCCUAAGCUUAUCCAAGUAAUCUUUGACUUUCUGUGCCGUGCUCAUCUAUGGAAGCUCAUCAAUUUUAUAACAGUUUACUGACUACUCAAAACUUGCCUUUCUACCAACUCUGCCUACAAGAUAUAUGACAUUCAUUCUCUACAAACAGUUAAACACCCAAAUUAUGGCUGUGCUAUUUGAAAAUUUAUCCAAAUCUCAAUUUGCAUGCCUUGUUAAAAUAUUUAGUAGGUAUUGGAAUUUAUAGUCGUUUUGGAUUCAGAUUCGACAACUUUUAUUAUUGACUUAUUAAAAAAUGUUGACCACUUAGACUUUCCAAUUAGAAAUAUUUCAAGUCUGGAUACGAAGUAUAAUCAUACUAUAUGAAUUGAAUAAUAUAAUUCUAAUCCAGUAGGUGAUGAAAAAUCAAUUAUGCUUUAAGAAUUGAUCUAGAAUGUUGAAAAUUUUCAAAAUAUCAUUAUUUUGUUUGUUUUAUAAUUAUUAUUAUAGUAAUUUUUCCACCGUACUAGUAGAUUCAAGUUAGCCCAUGUUUCCUUGAUUGUAGAGAAACUAUAAUAUUUUGAGAAACUUGCGUCAUUUAUUAAAACUCUGUAGGAGUAUCCCACUUUACUGUCAAAACCGUGGUUCACUCUUAUAUUGAAUGGACUCUCAAAAUUCCAAAAAGCUUCCUUCUAUUUUCUUGUAAUAGGUGAUACAGUAGUGUUAUUCUUUGUAAUGCAUUUUAAUUUCUCUCCUUAGGCUAUUCCUCUUUCGAAAUCUUUUGUAACCAAUUAAUAUUAUAAAAAUGUUAUGGAUUUCUAGUGUUUGUUGUACUGUAGUUCUUAUCAUUUUUCCCUACGCGACAGUAUAUUAUAACUUUCCCAGAAUUUUAAAGGCUACCAAUUAGUAUUAUAUACGUUAUCAAUGAACAGAGUGUUUCUAUAUAUAAUUUAUUUAAUUUGUUAGUUGGCCAAAGUUUUCAUUGUAGAAAGUUUUAUAGAUUAUUAGCUUGAAGUUGAGAUAUAAAAUCGAGUAAAUUCGGUUUCCACUCGUUAGAACUAAAUAAACGUGAAACAAGACCUAUGUCUUGUCUUAGAUUAUAACAGUUAUGUAAUUUUAUGAAUAGAUUGUGACCACAAGUUUUGUCUGACUCAUUUAUUUUCGAAUUUUGUUGGGGGUAGUCCCUUCCGGGAAGGUCCCACCUCGCGUGAAUAUAUCAUUCUAUAGCUGUCAAUGGGGAAUGGGCCUCACGACUGAACACUUAUGAAUAUCCCAUAUUCCGAUUAUCCCAGACAUUACAUUUUUAUCCCAUUAGUGUAAAAAUUAUUUUUACACUUGUUAAUGAAAUACCAAAACUAGUCGUGUCUCAAAGACAAUAUAUAAAGUGUACCAGUAAUUCUAUUAAUAAAACUUUCUAGUAGCCCCAUUGAAAUAAAUUAAUUUAUAAAACUAUUUAUUCAAAUACAUAUAAUUUUCACAAGAUCAAUAGAUUAAUUGAAUAACCAGUAAAUAAUCAAAUAUCUGGGGACCGAGCUCGCUCUGGAAAAAAACUAUAGUACACUGGAGAAACUAUUUGAAGGGGUUUUAUUUGUAUCUGUAUUUUAUAGAAUAAUUUUCAUGUACUGACCAUUUCCUUUUUCUAUUUUGUUUCCCAUUGCACUUUUAAAAACUAUUACACUAUGAAUGUGGGUCCAAGUAUUAUACACAAACCUAUGAAGGUUUGUUUAAGGACUUGUUAUUUGAAUACUGUUUUAUUAGUUAUAAAAAUUUACCCGCUUAUUUAUAAUCCUGAACUACUUCAUUCUAUUCGGAAUUAUAGGUCUACUAUUUAUAAAGAUCAUUAAAAAUUUUUAAUCAAUAAAAACCGAAAUGGUGGAAAUCAUAAAUUGUAUUAUUCACAUUUUUCAAUUACUACAGCAUAAUUGACUUGUACUGUGUUACUGCUAAUAAUGUGAACAUUUUGUUGAUCUUUUUUGUUGCACAUCUUUAGGUUUCAGAAACAGCCCCAAGUAAAGAGAUAUUGGUGAUUUUAUCAUGAAUAUUGAAUAAUUUUCAUUGACUGAUCAAUUGUUUUCUACGUUCCUAUUCCAUUGUAGAGCAUAUUUUAAUCCAACUUUUUACUGUAAACCAUUUUAAUUAGAAUAUUUGAUUCUCGAUAACUUACUAAAAAAAUUAUUCUAAUAUUAUUAUUUUAUAUGUUUGUUUUGAUCCAAUUAUAUAUCGGUAGGUUUCAUCAGAUGUCAAUGUAUUUCAUGUAAUUUUUAAAAAAUCAAUAGUUGACUGUUAUUCAAAUUAUCUACUAACAUUUUUAUGUUCUCAGCUUGUUUUUCGUUCUAAUUUAUAGUCCUUCAAUAUUAGUGAUUAUUGUAAAUAACUUAUCCAUUUUUGUAAAACGUGUGAUCUUUCCAAUAAUGAUAUUUUACUAAAAAAUAAUUAUAUUAAGUUAUUGUUAUAUUUAUUUAUACAUUUCUAAUGCUGAUGUUUUAGUGAGUUUUGAGCACUAUGUGUAAAUUAAUGAUAAUGUCAUCUAUAACCAUCUUUAUAAUAUUUGUUUAGAAUAUUCUAUUCGCUAUGAUAUCAUGGUUAUGGGCUUGAAUCAAUCGUUUGAUAUUUUUCGUACUUACAUUUAUUAUUUCUGUCACCUUACUAUAUACAAAUUAUUAUUUUUAUUAUUAAAAUUAUACAAUUAUUCACAGGGUGUUAGAUUUUAACCUAUUGUUAGAAACUAAACAUUGCAAGACAUUUGAAAUUGAACCAUUAUUAUAUCCAAUAUUAUAUCAAACGCUCAGCAUGAGAAUGUCAAGCUUGACAUCUAAGUACUCUAUCAAACUGGAAGUCGUAUUCGGUGUACAGUUACAAAUUGAAAAAACAUUUCAGGUGCAUUAUUUAUUAACUAACGAAAUAUAUAUUUCAUGCGAAGAUUAAAUUAUGCGUAUUACAAUAUGAAAUUAUUCCAAUUCGGUGCCGAAUUUGAAAAUGCAUUUCUGUGUUGAGAUAUUUAUUGUAGCCAAUAUCAUUUUACCGUAUUUUUUUAACGUAUCAGUCAAACAGUGACGCUAUUUCAUCUAACUUUUGGGGGGGGGGGUCAAACAGCGGGGGUGUGAUAUACCUCCUAAGGAAAUGGGUAUCGGGGUUUCCCUCAAAACUAUAACAUUAAAAAAAAACAUGUAAUUUUAUGCUUCAUUAUUUUUCCUAUUAAAAGUCUCAAUACAAAAAUUUUAUUUAUAUUUCACAAGUAGUUUUUCAAUACAUCAUCGGAUAUUAUAAAAUAAAUUAUAUAAUAAAUUAUUAUAAAAUAAAUCGGAUAUUAAAAAAAAAUCAGCUGAUAGUUGCAGUGAUAGUAGUUUUAAUUUUUCUGCUCAAAAUUUUCAAGUUUAUUUUAAUAUUAUUUAAACUUUCGGAUUGUUCAGUGUUAUUUCCGGCUCUUAUCAACCCUUCGAAAUUCAAAAUUCAUCAGUCAUAUCUCGAAUACGUAUUCUCUGAGUGUUAUCAAUUAUUGUGAAGGGAAUAUUGGGAAACAAGUUUCUAUCAUUAUUGAUGAACAAAUUCGGUAGCAAUCCUAUUUGAAACCUUUUUAUCCUGUUAAAAUUUUAACUUUCAUUAUAAAUAAUGUUCCGAUCAUUUUUUAAACUUCCUCCAUCUAGAAAAAAAUGAUUCAAAGUUGAUCAUUGUUUUUUUAUCAUUUUCAUCCCUUUUCAACGUUUUAUUAUUUUUUACAUAAUAAGAUGCCAGAAGCUAUUACCAGUUGAAAAAUUAUUGCCAGUUAUCAUGUACCUGAUUCAUUAGUAGUUAUGCAUUGUUGAAAUUGCAAUGAAAAAUUGUUUUCGACUUGGAAGAUACCUUCCAUUAUCAGCGUUCGAAAUAAAUUGUACCAAAAUCAUAUAGAAGUUUUUCAAAGUUUUAUUUCAGUAUGAAUUGAAGCAUUUUAUUCUCAUUACACGAGUAUUGAAUAAUACUCCAAUCUUACUUGUUACCCAGGUUGAUUCCUUCUUCUUAAUUAUUAUUUUACAUUGAUUAAUAAUCCCAAAAUAUAAUAUUACAUUGAGAAUUGCAAUAAUAAUAUUAUUACAACAAGAAAAUUUAAAACUAAAACUUUAUUCAGUUUGUAAUAAAUUUCCUAUUGCAAUAUUGCAAAACAUGGAAAGAUGGAUUGAAGAACAUCGAAACUCAUCACCUCAAUUGAUACAGUAUCGACCACUUUUUACUUUUGACAGUACUUUUAUGCAGAACAGUAGUAAAAUAUUUGAAACCUAAUUCAUGUACUGAAUUCAAAAAUAUAUUCGAUGGUGUAAGCAUAGAGAAAAGAAUACUUUCAUAUUUAAUCUCAUCCCAUCAUUGAAAUGAUUGUAUAGUAUAUAUAUUAUACUAUUAUUCUAUUGCAGUAUUACAAGUUUUCAUUGUAUCAAUAAUAUUAUCAAUGUAUCAAUAAUUGAUGUUAAUAGAUAUAGAUUGAAUGUAGGCUGUCAUGAAGACUUUAACCAUUCAGAUCAAGAUUUAUGCCUGUAAAAUAGCGUUUAAGUUACAUAAUUAUUAAUUAAUAAUUUCAACAAUUUAUAUCUUUACUAAUAAGUUUAUUGACUGAGUCCUUUCGACCUUUCAAAUCAUUUGGUUGUUAUUUGUGUUCUCUAUCAAGUCAAUUACAGCAGUAUUCAUCACAUAUUCUACAGGGUCCUCACUAUUAUUUAUAAGUAGGCUACUUGUGACUACGUACCGUAUCUUAUAAUUUUACUGAUUUUCUUGAUCACAUGAAUAAAUAUUUUUUAUUUUCCAUA